GUGGUUUCAUAUUUCGGAUGAGAGGACCACAGCGGUUCCAGAGCACUGUGAAUCGUGCCGAACCAGUUUGUUGCCAUGGCGAAGAGUCAGGCAUGCGACCCGGGACUGGAGAGAAGUCCAGACGGGAGAAAAAGUCACAAAACGAUCAAACCUGAAAUAACGGAAAAUUGCGCAAAAGACGGAUUAAACGGCAAGAAGGAAAAGAAGCGGAAGAAGGUUGUUAAAGAGGGCAGUAUGGUCUCUGUUCCUGAUAUUAACAUCAGUGAGGUGAAGCCGAAAAGAGCCAGAGAUCAGACGACAACAGACAGAGACAUAGAGGACGCGGAGAGCCCAGGAGGAAUGGACAGAGCAGAAAAAACACAGAAAAAACAAAAAAGGAAGAGAAGUAAAGCCAGUAGUUCAGAACCAGAGCCAGCGCAGAAGAAAGAGAGAGAGAGAGAUGAUGCAGAGAAGGUGACAGAGGAGGAGGAGGAACUGAGUCUAGAGGAGAGACGCGUGUUGGAGAGAAAGAUGAAGAAACUUCUGAAGAAGGAGGAGAAGAAAAAACAGAGAGAAGGAGGAGUGAAGCAGGAGGAAGAACAGAGACAGAAACUCAGCGCACAGCAGCAGGCACUGGACUACCUCACAUGCUGGUAUGAGAGAAGAGAACAGUGGAGGUUUCAGAAGACCAGGCAGACGUGGCUACUGCAGCACAUGUUUGACUCACAGAAGGUAUCUGACACCCAUUUUAGCAUGUUGUUAUUAUACUUAGAGGGGCUGCGUGGUGCUGCCCGGGAAACCACCGUUCAGAAGGCGGAGUCUGUAGUCAGGCAGGGGGAGGAGUCAGAUGAAGAGGAAGGUGGGGCUACAGAGGCCUGGAAAAGGACAAACAGAGCCAGAGAAAUCAUUCAGAUGCUGUCCUGAGAGAACUGGGCAUCUGUUGGUCCCUGCGACUCCCAUCUUAUAUGUAUAUAUGUACAACAUAUUACAGUUCUCU